UGAUGUAGCGUCACGAACUCGCUACAUAACCUACAAUCAUAAUAAUAACAAAAGCGUCGCGACGGACUUUUGUUAUCAAAUACUGCGAAGUCAUAUUUAGCAACGGUUCGCGCGCUAUUGUAAUGUUGAAAACGUGAAUUUUCGUAGACCGAUUCAUUAAGAUGGGUGACAUACGGGCUGGUCUCGAGGAUUUAAAGCUCGACGGUGUUCUAUUCGCCAACGUUAAAUACUACGUCAGCGGUGAAGGCGAUCCCAAGAUUUUGAAUUUACUGCAAGAGGGUGGAGCUGAAAGGUCCAAUUAUUUUAGUGAUUUUGUCACGCAUCUCAUAGCAGGCUAUGAAGCAUUGGAAAAUGAUAUAUCUGCAGCGAAAGAUCUGUAUGAGAUUCCAGCAGUUACACAAAACUGGAUUCUAUAUUCCGUUAAAUGCAGCAAAUUACUCCCAACACAAUAUUUCUCACCAGAAGAAAAUCAAUUGUUCUCGAAUGUACGUGCGUGUAUAUCCCAGGUAAGUCGAGCAGACAGUAAAUCACUCUGGGCAAUGAUAACGUUGCAAGGUGGCAAAUGUCAGCUACGCCUGGAUAGAUAUUGCACUCAUUUGAUUACGGGAAAAGCGAAUGGCAUAAAAUAUGAAACUGCAACGAGGCAUCAUAUACACAUUGUUACGCCUGAUUGGCUAACGGAAUGUUGCAAGAAAAGCGCUAUUGUUAGCGACGUGGAAUAUCAUCCAAGACUACUGAUUUAUCCAUCUCCGAAUAGUUCAACAGCUAUGAUUACUGGAUUUAUGGAUGAAGAUACCGAUAAUAAAGUCACACAAGAAGAGCAAAAUAAGACCAAAGCUAUGUUGGAACAACUCAAGCAACGCAUGCCAUGGAAUCAACCAAGUCCGCCAGUGUCGUCGAAUGCUUCGCAUAGUCUUGGUGCAAGUGCUGCAGCAACUGUUCCUUAUUCAACUAAUGGACAGAAUAAUAUAAAUAUACAACCGCAACAGCAUCUUUCACGAUCAGUUCCCUCGACUAGUCUAACCACUUCCACAAUUGCUCCAUCUGUUUCUGAUCAAAAUAUUAUCAAUCAAGCGACAUGGCUACCACAGGUAUCUCAGCAAAGUAAUAUUUCUCAACAAACAAAGACUGUACCGUCACAGAUGCAACAACAAGAGCUGCCACCGCAACAGCAGCAGCAACAACAAAUAAAUAUUCAACAUCAGUUGAUACAACAACAACAAUUAACGCAACAACUAACGCAGCAUCAACAACAGUUACAACAAGCACCGUACAGUCAACAGCAACAACUUUUAAAUCAACAACAAUCAGCUCAAAUAUCAUCGCAACAACAGUUGAUAGGGCAACAACAACCACUCGGGCAGCAAUCGAUGAUGCCACAACAACAGCAGCAGCAAAUAAACUCACAAUUACCACAGCAUCAAUUAACUUCGCCGCAACUAUUAACAUCACAACAGAAACAAUUAAAUCCGCAUCAAAUUAUUCAACAACAGCAAUUGCAAACGUCACAGCAAUCACAUUUGACACAACAGCAGGUACAAUUAGCAGCUCAACAGCAGCAGCAACAGCAGAUAGUAAUGCAACAGCAACAACCGAUUGCAGGUCAGCAUCAAUUGACUCAACAGCAGACUCCGUCACAGCAACUUACUCCAGAACAAAGGCAACUCAUUUUGUUGCAACAACAACAACAGCAACAAAAGAUUCAACAGAUAUCACAGCAAUUACAACAAUCUGCGCCACAGAGCUCUCAACAGUUUGUCAUAAGAGAAGGCCAGCUACAACAACAACCGCAAAAUCAGCAAUUAAUCGGGCCGAAUCAACAAGGAUUUAUCGUGCAACGAGAUCCGCAGUGGCAACAACAGCAAUAUCACUUGCAGUUGCAAAGACAACAACAGCAAAUCGGGCCUCAGAGACCUGGAGGGCAAUGGAACCAGCAACCGCCUCAACCACCCAGGCAGUUGAUUCAAUUAGACGCACAGACGCAUCAGCAAUUGCAGCAGAUGGACCCGCAGCAAAGGGCUCAGUUCAUCAAGAAGAUUCAGAUACAACGGAACAUGAUAGUGCAAAGACAGAUGCAGAACCGUCAGGCGCAGCAAGGUCCGCAUAUCGCUGUUAUAAGGAGUCCUGGUAAACCGGUGCAACCAGGCGGAUUGCAAUGGGUUCAACAAGCUCGACCUCAGAUGAUGGGACCACAGCUCGCGCAAACUCCUGGACAGAAACCAGUGCAUCCGGGGGUACAACCACCAGCGUUAACCCCGAUAAACUCUUCGAAUCAAGUUAUCGUGCCGGCUGGUCAGACCGUUCAGGGUCCAGAAGCAUCGCAAGCAGGGCAAACAUUCCAGCAGAGGCAACUGAUACCGCAGCAAAUAGCGCAGUUGCAUAUGCAGAAACAGCAACAAAUGGCUAGAUUGCAACAGUUACAACAUUUGCAGCAGCAACAACAACAACAGCAGCAGCAGCAGCAGCAAGGCGCGCAACAGGAACCACCGUUAACGUCCUUGCCGAAUAACGCGCAGAUUCCGCCAGAUCAGCAACUCGUCGUGAAUGCUAAAACCAAAACUGCGCUAGCUAACAUGCUGACUAAUAGAUUACAGGGUGGUGCUACGGAGGGUAGUGCGUCUGGUCAAUUGAGAUUGAUGACUGCGCAACACAGACCUCCGCCACCUCCCUCGCAGGAUCCACAACUCCUAGCUGCUUAUCAGAGAAGGACUCUGGGGAAUAUAACGAAUGGUGCACCAGCAGGGGCACCCAUAAAGAUGCAGUUUGCCCCAGUCAUGCCACAACCUAAGGCGCAAUUUUAUGGUCACAAUCCAAAUUUGAAACUUCCGCCAGACUUAUUCUUGUUGGGAUGUAUUUUCGUCAUUGUCGAAUACGACGUGCAACGCCCGAAUGAAGUUUCGGUGUGGAAACAAGUUAUCGAGAGACAUGGCGGUGAAGUAGAACCGCAAUACUGUACUCGUGCGACCCAUGUACUAGCCAUCACGCAAAAACAUCCAACUGUCGUACAAGCAUUACGUGAAGGGAAACGUUGCGUCAGUGCGCAUUGGCUUUCUGACGUUGUCAGUAAGCAGCAAUUGCUACCACCCUGGCAUGCCCUGCAUUUUCCAACACCAUUCAGCUUAACAGAAUUUCCAUGUGUCAAGCAAAUUGUAUCGUUAUCUGGAUUCGAAGGAGAAGAACGAGCGAAAGUUAAAUAUAUGUUGGAAGCUUUGGGUGCAAAGUACACAAAUUAUUUUUCCAAGCACAAUACUCUUCUGGUUUGCAGAAGGACAGACGGACAGAAAUAUAAAAAAGCGCGCGAAUGGCAAACUAGCGUUGUAAACGCACUGUGGUUGACGGAUUUGCUUUGUGGACAAAUGAACGCUUUGCGUCAACUUGAGGGUCCAAAGUAUCAACAGUUUAAUCUGAGUAACCCUUUUAGACUAGACUAUUCACUAGUGCCUCAUCUCAUGGCUGCUUGGAAAAUGCCAAUAAAUAUUACUCAAGAGUCGUAUGACAAAAUAAACCAGGUUGGACAGGGUCCAAAUUCGAUCAGAAAAUACAAAAAGCCACGAUUGGAUGGCCCAUUAUUGAAUAAAGACCCGCAUCUUUUGGGUUUGGAGGAACCGAUUGUCGUCAGUAAUCCUGAUCCUCCGCCACCUGAUAAACAACCGAGAAUACUAUUCUCUGGUAUAAAUCCAAGAAAGCAUGCCAAGAGGAUUCGCGAACUAGGAGGUGCUCUGGCUGCUAACUGGCGAGACGCCACUCACCUCAUAAUGUCCGCACCGUUACGAACAGUAAAACUGUUGUGUUGUUUAUCGCGAUGCAAAUUUAUCGUCAACCUACAAUGGUUGCUCGAUUGUUCCGCGAGAAAUACUUUUGUGGACGAAAGUGCAUAUAUGCUCGGCAAUGCAGAGUUCGAGAAAAACUUUAAUUGCAAUAUCGAAAAAGCUUUAGCGAGUCCUAAUCGUGGGACAGUACUUAAGGGUAAGAUAUUUUAUGUCACACCAAGUGUGAUACCAUCCCCUUCAGCGAUCGCGGAGAUAAUAGAAAGUGCAGGAGGUACAAUGGAAAAGACGCGUAGACCACUUGCGCAAAUACAAGAAAUGAAUGCCGGGAUAUUAACUUAUUUUAUCGUAACCCAUGAGAAUGAUCUUCAUCUUCUUUCCGAUGUCUUACGUGCGAAUAUCGGUGUGUACAGUGCGGAAAUUGUAUUAGGCGCAGUUGCACGACAAUACUUCCAACUUGAUACGAGUCAAGUUUAAAAUAUUACACUUUACUGUAUUUUUAUCCCUAUUAUGGGCCUACCAAGUCUUUUAUGCCCGAUUCCACCAACGUCGUUUAAUUUUAACCGUCGUUUAACUCACUCUUUGUCUCUUUCUAAGGCAGGUAGUUAGAAAGAGACGAAGAGUGAGUUAAACUACGGUUAAAAUUAAGCGACAUUGGUGGAAUCGGGCAUUAGUGAGUUAUUUUCGACAAACUUUUGCUUAUCCUCUGCAAUGGGACAAUAAAGAACAUAAUUUUAUCAUA